UGAUGGUGUUGAUGAUGGUGAUGGUGAUGAUGGUGAGGAUGGUGACAGUGAUGACAGAGGAGAUGGUGAGGGUGAUGGUGGUGAUGGUGAUGAUGGUGAUGGUGGUGAUGGUGAGGAUGGUGAUAAUGGUUGUGAUGAUGGUGGUGAUGGAGAUGGUGAGGGUGAUGGUGGUGAUAGUGAUGGUGUUGAUGAUGGUGAUGGUGAUGAUGGUGAGGAUGGUGACAGUGAUGACAGAGGAGAUGGUGAGGGUGAUGGUGGUGAUGGUGAUGAUGGUGAUGGUGGUGAUGGUGAGGAUGGUGAUAAUGGUUGUGAUGAUGGUGGUGAUG